UGUCCCCCCCCCCCCCCACCACCCCACUCUUAUCGCCGCCUUCCCCUCCACCCUCCAACCGCCAUGAGCGUCAUCACCGAGCACUCCCUCUCCCCCGCCCCCUGCGCCCUCAAGCACAGGAUCAAGCCCCUCCCCAGCCCCCUCCUCAGGGGGCCCGACCCCGGCGACCCUGAUCGCAAGAAGGACGCCACAUGCAUGGGCAAGAAGUCGGUCGUCGACGGCGGCGCCGGUGGCUCCGGCGCGAUCUUCGGCCCGGCGUCAUUCGUGAACUGGACGAGGCGGGACGUGGCCCACGUGGCGCGGCACCACUGGAUCCCGUGCGCCUUCGCGGCGGGCCUGCUGUUCUUCAUGGGGGUGGAGUACACGCUCCGCAUGGUCCCGCCGUCGGCGCAGCCGUUCGACAUCGGGUUCGUGGCCACGCGGCCCCUCCACCGGCUGCUCGCGUCGUCGCCGGAGCUCAACACCCUUUUGGCUGCUCUCAACACGGUGUUCGUGGGGAUGCAGACGACGUACAUCCUGUGGACGUGGCUGAUAGAGGGCCGUCCCAGAGCGACCAUCUCGGCGCUCUUCAUGUUCACUUGCCGCGGCAUUCUCGGAUACUCCACUCAGCUCCCUCUUCCUCAGGGAUUUUUGGGGUCGGGCGUGGACUUUCCAGUGGGCAAUGUCUCCUUCUUUCUCUUCUUCUCCGGCCAUGUCGCGGGCUCGGUGAUAGCCUCCCUAGACAUGAGGAGGAUGCAGAGGUGGGAAUUAGCAUGGCUCUUCGACGCCCUCAAUGUGCUUCAAGUGGUGAGGUUGCUGGGGACAAGAGGUCACUACACUAUCGACUUGGCCGCCGGGAUCGGCGCAGGGAUUCUGUUCGACUCUCUCGCCGGAAAGUAUGAAGAGAGCAAGAAGAUGAACAAAGGUGGAAUUGGCAAUGGGAUUUCAAAGGAGGCGCUCAUGACUUGAGUUGAACACGCGUGGUGGACAAAAACAGCACAUAAACGUGUACCGCGUAAGUUUGACCAGUUGCUGUAAAGGCUUUUGCUUUAGGGUGGGAAAAGCAAAGGAAAAAUUCACAAGAAAAGAAAAAUUGUAGGGAAUGGCUGCUCAGAAAAUUUUUUUUGCCUGUGAAUUUUCACUUUCUUUUUUUGUAUUUAGUUCUUUUACUGAUGACAUUCUAGUUAUCUUUUCUUCUAAGUUAAUUAAAUUCUUUAAUCAACCA